GGCACCGCGCGCACGCAAAACGGCGCCGCGCACACGCACAAAGGCACCACACGCGCGCAAAAGGGUGUCGCGCGCGCGCACGAAGUGGAGAAUCAGCGCGCGAUAACAGUUUUUAUGCGCUCGGAUUUUUGGCACAAAUGUGACUCCAUAGAUGUCUUUUAUUGCUUUGCUGUCAGGCUAUUGACUCGGUGUGACCGUGAAAUGGGACGAGUUGAAACCGGAAGUCAUUACAGCUUUUUUUUUUCCUGAGUCGGAAAUCCAAUCUCGAUGGGCGUUCCAGUGGAAAUCCGCUCCGUCGAUGUAUUCUUUAGCUACUGAAUAUGCAAAGUAUUAAAUGUAAAUGUAUCAGUCUAUUUCCGGUUUCGAAAUCUGGCACACCCUUACACUGACAUUGACAGAAGUGAUUGCUUAAUGGCGUAUUAGACUCUGCGUCCUGCUCAGGACCACGGUCGACAUCUUCCUCCAAUGGUUAUCCGCUUCAUAUCGCCACUGCUUUUGCUGCUGGCUGGAUCCACGGACGGCCACUUCUUCCAGCUGGACACCCUCUCCAAUGCGUCCACGUACUAUUUUAAUUACAUUUACUGCAACAUAUGGGAGGGGGAGUGUCAGCCCCACCAGGACGAUGCGACCCAGCAAGUUCCCACCAGGGACAUUUGGGCGGCGUUCCCCCAGGACUACAUCAGCCUGGCGUACCACUGGUACUGCAGCCUGGGCCAGUGCUGUGAGUCUGGGGACUGCAGGGUGACCAACAAUAUCACAGGCCUGGCUCGAGACCUUCAGACCAAGCUGCACGGUCAGCACCUGGCCCAGUCUGUGGUUUUGAAAGCCAUCCAGGGUUUCAUCAACAACCCGGAGUCCAACAAGCCCCUGACACUCUCCUUCCAUGGCUGGUCCGGUACCGGAAAGAAUUUUGUCGCCAGAAUGAUUGCAGAUAACCUUUAUCGUGACGGGGUGAAGAGCGAGUGUGUGCGCCUUUUCAUCGCCCCGUUCCACUUCCCACACGCGAGACUGGUGGACAUGUACAAGAGUCAGCUGAGAGAAGCAAUUCGGGACAUGGUUCUCCGAUGUUCCCAGACGCUGUUUAUCUUUGACGAGGCUGAGAAGCUUCACCCAGGCCUCAUCGACGCAAUCAAGCCUUACAUGGACCACUACGACAAUGUAGACGGCGUCAACUACCGGAAGGGCAUAUUCCUCUACCUCAGUAAUAUUGGAGGUGCGACGAUCAACGAUGUUGCCUUGGAUUUUUGGCACUCAGGUCAGAACCGAGAGGACAUCGGGAUGGAAGAUCUAGAACAUCGUCUCCGUGCUGAAACCAUGGAGUCCCAAGGUGGGUUUGCACAGAGUGAGCUAAUGUCGGGCCACCUCAUUGACUUCUUCGUGCCCUUCCUACCUCUGGAGUACCGUCACGUCAAGCUGUGCGCCAAGGACGCUUUCACGGCUCGAGGCCUGGAGACGGACGACGCCACCCUGGACGAAGUGGCCAAGGCCAUGCUUUAUAUUCCAAAAGAGGAGAGACUGUUCUCGGCCCAGGGAUGCAAGUCCAUACCUCAGCGAAUCAACUUCUUUCUGCCCUAGAAGAGAGACCUGGAGGUGUGGCGGUUCACGCUAUUUACAGGUGCAACCCGUCCGUGUCUGUCCAGGUCACAAAGAAGAGAUCAGACAAGAGGACAUUCUAUGUGGGGAGAGCAGAGCGCCAUUUGUUGCAGGGUGUCAAAGACAGGACACCUGGUCCUUUUAAGAUGAAGAAAACAUUGACACGUUUCAAUUUAUACUGUGCAAAAGUCCAGUCAAAGUUGUCAUUUUGACAAAGUAGAACACAAACCUAAUGGUGGGAUCAAACGUUUCCUCAUAUACAUACCUCACCCAACUUUAGUGAGGUGUGUAUUUAUAGUAGGUAUUGACAUUUAUUUAUGUCACUACCUACUAGUUACUAUUUAGAAAUUUACACGUGUGCUUUUUGAAUUGAAGUUGGAGUUGCAGUCAAUGUUAAAUUAUAUUUUGCUUUUUUAAAACUAUACAAAAAAACACUGGAUUGUUGUUGCAAUGCACCCAAAGGGACAUGUUUUUUUUAAUCUCUAAUUAUGAGGUCACUGUGUUUUUAAGUGUGAGAAAAAUUAAGAAAAAAUGUUUCAACCCUACUACGCUAUCAUCCGUUGUUUUCAAUGUGGUCAAAAUAAAUUGACUUUACCUCCCUUACCAUUGUAAAUUGUUUGAAUUGUUAUUUUAAAUGUUAGAUGCAUCAUUUCGGCCACACUUUGUCCUUGUGCCACAUUGGUCUGUUUAAAGCAUGUGAACAUUGACAUUAAACAUCAUAGG